GAUGACUUUCUCAUGAUGUCACAGCCCUAAUUGAUGGGGUUGCUAUGGAGACGGGAUGACGGCGAGGAGGGGCAGCUGACGCGGUUGUAGGAAUGGAAGGAGACGAAUGUUUCUGGUACAGGAUGAUGCAUCAAAGAAGGAUGAGUUUUCAGAUCUGGUGAGACGUCAGCUGCCAUCUGAAGGCCGGGAAGCGUUUUUGGUGACCAGGAGGCUCGGGAUUGGCCCAGCGAUGAGUCAUGUUAGAAGAAGCGAUUGAUCGUUUUUAUUAUUGCGUUCUCACCGGUUUCCAAGAAGGAUGAAGCACUCUGGGUCAGGGCCUGGCUCCGAUUCCUGAGCUUUGCAGGAGCUUGCACCUAUCGGCACCCAGGUUCUGGGGUCAGAUCCAGUCCUAGCUUUGUCUGCAUGGAGUGUGCAUGUCCUCCCAUGUGUGGUGAAUCCUCCAAGUGCUCUGCUUUUCUUCCACAACCUGAAGACAUACUGAAUGAGGACCUGAAGCCUAUCACCCCCUCCAGAACUUCUAUUCAUUAGUCUGUAUAAUUGGCACAUCCCUCCCGCUGACCGCCAUGUCGGGCGCCUCUGUGAAAGUGGCCGUGCGGGUUCGACCUUUCAAUUCCAGGGAGCUCGGCAAGGACUCAAAAUGCAUCAUCCAGAUGCAAGGCAACUCAACCAGUAUUAUUAACCCAAAGAAUCCUAAAGAACCAGCAAAAAGUUUCAGCUUUGAUUAUUCAUACUGGUCUCACACUUCGCCGGAAGAUCCUUCCUUUGCAUCCCAAAACCGCGUCUACAAUGACAUUGGAAAGGAAAUGCUGGAACAUGCCUUUGAGGGCUACAAUGUUUGUAUAUUUGCUUAUGGACAGACUGGUGCUGGCAAAUCCUAUACUAUGAUGGGCAAGCAGGAAGAGACUCAAGCUGGCAUCAUUCCCCAGCUAUGCGAGGACCUUUUUGAGAAAAUCAAUGACAAUAAUGACGAUGAGGUGUCCUUCUCGGUAGAGGUUAGCUACAUGGAAAUUUACUGUGAGAGAGUCCGAGACCUGCUGAACCCCAAAAACAAAGGCAACCUUCGUGUCAGGGAACACCCGCUGCUGGGGCCCUAUGUGGAAGACCUAUCCAAGCUGGCUGUCACCUCAUACACUGAUAUUGCCGACCUGAUGGACGCAGGAAACAAGGCCAGAACGGUAGCCGCCACAAACAUGAACGAGACCAGCAGCCGCUCCCACGCAGUCUUUACCAUUGUUUUUACCCAAAAGAAACUCGACAUAGACACCAACCUCUCCACUGAGAAGGUCAGUAAAAUAAGUCUGGUAGAUUUGGCCGGAAGUGAAAGAGCCGAUUCCACGGGAGCAAAAGGAACGCGGCUAAAAGAAGGUGCUAAUAUCAACAAAUCUCUGACCACUUUGGGGAAAGUCAUCUCUGCUUUGGCAGAAGUGGAUAACUGCCCGAGCAAGAGUAAAAAGAAAAAGAAGUCGGAUUUCAUUCCCUACCGAGAUUCUGUGCUCACCUGGCUGCUGCGGGAAAAUUUGGGUGGAAAUUCCCGUACUGCUAUGGUGGCCGCUCUAAGUCCAGCCGAUAUCAACUACGAUGAAACACUCAGUACACUAAGAUAUGCAGAUCGUGCUAAACAGAUCAAAUGUAACGCUAUUAUCAAUGAAGAUCCCAACGCUAAACUGGUACGUGAGCUUAAGGAUGAAGUGUCGCGUUUGAAGGAACUGUUGAGGGCACAGGGCCUGGGCGAUAUCAUCGACAUUGAUUCUAUUGAGGAAAAUUUUCCUGGAGUGAAAUCUCUCCCUUCUGUGGCGUGCCUUCCUUUGUCAGAUAUCAACGACAACCAGAACCUUAAGAAUAAAUACUUGCUAGCCAAUGAAAAUCAACGACCUGGGCAUUUCUCCACAGCCUCCAUGGGCUCGCUGGCCUCUUCCCCCUCAUCCUGCUCUCUCAGUAGCCAGGUGGGCCUGAACACCGUGACGAGUAUCCAGGAGAGGAUUAUGUCCACACCAGGAGGAGAGGAAGCCAUUGAACGCCUUAAGGAAUCAGAGAAAAUUAUCGCCGAGCUCAACGAAACCUGGGAGGAAAAACUUCGAAAAACAGAAGCAAUCCGCAUGGAAAGGGAGGCGUUACUGGCAGAGAUGGGUGUGGCCAUACGAGAGGAUGGAGGAACAUUGGGUGUCUUUUCUCCGAAAAAGACUCCUCACCUCGUUAACCUUAAUGAAGAUCCUCUCAUGUCGGAGUGCCUUUUGUAUUACAUCAAAGAUGGUAUCACCAGGGUUGGUCAGUCAGAAGCAGAAAGGCGACAGGAUAUCGUGCUAAGCGGCGCCCAUAUUAAAGAAACACAUUGCAUAUUCCGCAGUGAGAGGAUGCCCAAUGGAGAAGUUGUUGUCACAUUGGAGCCAUGUGAGCAUUCAGAGACUUACGUCAAUGGAAAGCGGGUUGUCCUUCCCGUACAGCUGCGUUCCGGGAACCGAAUCAUUAUGGGUAAGAACCACGUUUUCCGUUUCAACCACCCUGAGCAGGCCAGGGCAGAGAGAGAGAAGACGCCAUCAGCAGAGACGCCCUCGGAGCCUGUGGAUUGGACGUUUGCCCAGCGUGAGCUUUUGGAGAAACAGGGCAUUGAUAUGAAACAGGAGAUGGAGAAAAGGCUUCAGGAAAUGGAAAUUUUGUACAAAAAGGAGAAGGAAGAAGCAGAUCUCCUCCUGGAGCAGCAGAGACUGGAUUAUGAAAGCAAACUGCUGGCCCUUCAGAAGCAAGUGGAGACCCGUUCACUGACUGCAGAGACCACCGAGGAAGAGGAUGAGGAGGAAGAGGAAGUGCCCUGGACACAGCACGAGUAUGAUCUGGCAGAGUGGGCAUUUAAGAAAUGGAAACACCAUCAGUUCACAUCCUUAAGGGAUCUGCUGUGGGGAAAUGCCAUCUACCUGAAAGAAGCCAACGCCAUUAGCGUGGAGCUGAAGAAGAAGGUCCAGUUUCAGUUUGUGCUGCUGACGGACACGCUUUAUUCCCCUCUACCUCCGGAGCUGCUUCCGCCUGAAGCUGAAAAACUUGCAGAGGACCAACCCUUCCCACGCACCGUGGUUGCUGUGGAGGUGCAGGACCUGAAAAAUGGGGCUACUCACUACUGGUCAAUGGAUAAACUUAGAAUGAGGUUGGAUCAAAUGCGGGAAAUGUACGACCGGGCGGGAGAAAUGGCCUCUCAUGUGCAGGAUGAUUCUGACGCUGGAAUAAAUGGCGGUGACCCGUUUUACGAUCGUUUCCACUGGUUCAAGCUUGUCGGCAGUUCACCCAUAUUCCACGGCUGCGUCAACGAGCGGCUGGCAGACCGCACCCCAUCCCCCACCUUUUCAACAGCGGACUCAGACAUCACAGAGCUGGCCGAUGAACAGCAGGACCAAAUGGACGACUUUGAUGACGAGCCUUCUGUGGACGACACUAGCUCAGAUGUCGGCAAUGAGGAAGGAUCGGAUCUGUUCAGCGAUGGGCAGGACCCGUUUUACGACCGCUCUGCUUGGUUCAUUUUAGUAGGAAGAGCAUUUGUUUAUCUCAGUAACCUGUUCUUCCCGGUUCCUUUGGUCCAUCGGGUGGCCAUAGUGAGUGAGAAGGGGGAUGUACGCGGUUUCUUGCGUGUUGCAGUACAAGCAAUAGCAGGAGACGAGGAAGCUCCAGAUUAUGGUUCUGGAAUACGACAGUCCGGGACCGCUAAGAUCUCCUUUGACAAUGAUUACUUCAAUAAGUACGACAUGACAUCCACAGUCCUCACCCGCUCGGGGCUGUCACUGGAAGAACUGCGCAUCGUGGAAGGGCAGGGUCAGAAUUCGGAAAUGAACACUCCUAUGGAGGAGGUGAACCGACUGGCCGAGAUGGACAUGAAAUCAGGCAGCCUCUUAGAUGGAAAAAUGAUGAUGGAAGGCUUCUCUGAAGAUGUAGGGGAACACCUGAAGAUCGGCAGUGUCUUCACCUUCCGUGUCACCGUCCUGCAAGCCAGUGGCAUUCCACCAGAAUAUGCCGAUAUCUUCUGUCAGUUCAAUUUCCUCCAUCGGCACGAUGAGGCCUUUUCUACAGAACCCCUGAAAAAUAACGGGCGUGGGAAUCCGCUGGGUUUCUACCAUGUACAAAAUAUUGCUGUAGAAGUGACUGAAUCCUUUGCAGAAUACAUCAAGACCAAACCCAUUGUAUUUGAAGUAUUUGGACAUUACCAGCAGCAUCCAUUUCACCUGCAGGGUCAGGAUCUCAGUCCAGCACAGCCAUCCCGGCGUUACUUUCCCUCACCGAUGCCCCUCUCCAAGCCGGUUCCGGCCACCAAACUCAAUCCUCUGAACAAGACAAGUCUCGGGCAGAGCGUCAGCAAAUACGACCUAUUGGUGUGGUUUGAGAUCAGCGAACUUGAGCCAACGGGGGAGUACAUCCCGGCCGUGGUAGAUCACUCUGGAGGACUGUCCUGUCAAGGAACCUUCCUGCUACACCAGGGCAUCCAGCGUAGAAUCACAGUGACUAUAAUUCAUGAGAAAGGCAACGAAUUGCACUGGAAGGAUGUAAGAGAACUGGUGGUAGGGAGAGUACGGAACAAAACCGAGGUGGACGAGUCUCCAGCAGAUGCUGUUCUUUCCCUCAACAUCAUAUCCGCCAAAUACCUCAAAUCUCACAGCUCCAGCAGGACCUUUUAUCGGUUCGAGGCUGUAUGGGACAGCUCCUUGCACAACUCCCUACUCCUUAAUAGAGUCACUCCCUAUGGAGAGAAGAUCUAUAUGACACUUUCAGCUUACUUAGAGCUUGAUCAUUGUAUCCAGCCAGCAGUGAUUACAAAAGAUGUGUGUAUGGUCUUUUAUUCUCGUGAUGCCAAAAUCUCCCCUCCUCGAUCCCUGCGCAGUCUCUUUGGCAGCGGAUAUUCAAAGACUCCUGACUGUAACAGAGUAACUGGAAUCUAUGAACUGAGUUUGUGCAAAAUGGCUGACACAGGAAGUCCUGGAAUGCAGCGAAGGAGAAGGAAAAUUUUGGACACUUCAGUGGCUUAUGUCCGUGGAGAGGAGAACCUGGCUGGGUGGAGACCUCGAGGUGACAGUUUGAUCCUGGAACACCAGUGGGAGCUGGAGAAAAUGGAGCAGCUCCACGAGGUGGAGAAAACUCGGCACCUCCUUUUGCUCAGAGAGAAACUUGGAGACAGCAUUCCCAAAUCCCUGAGCGAGUCCAUCUCACCAAGCCUCAGUAGCGGGACCCUCAGCACCUCCACCAGCAUCUCCUCUCAGAUCUCCACCACCACCUUCGAAAGUGCCAUCACCCCCAGCGAGAGCAGCGGAUACGACUCCACCGAUGUUGAAAGCCUGGUGGAUCGCGAGAAGGAGCUCGCCAGCAAGUGUCUCAGACUACUCACUCAUACAUUUAACCGGGAGCUGACCGCGGUGUGCAACAGCAUCAGUGAUUGUAAGCUGUCCGAUAUCUCCCCGAUUGGACGUGACCCAUCUGUCUCAAGCUUCAGCAGCGCCACCCUGACACCCUCCUCCACCUGCCCAUCCCUGGCAGAAUCCAGAUGCAGCUCUGUGGACCAGAAAACGCCAGAAGCCAACUCCCGUGCCUCCAGCCCCUGCAUGGAAUUCGAACAAUUUCAGUUGGUGCCCACAGUGGAGACGUCAUACCUGGCGCGUGCCGGGAAGAACGAAUUUCUCAAUCUUGUGCCCGACAUUGAAGAGCUGAGACCUGGCUCGGUGGUCUCCAAAAAGGGUUACCUGAACUUCAAGGAGCCUCAUUCCCAUUCCUGGGCCAAGCACUACGUCAUCGUGCGCCGCCCAUACGUCUUCAUCUACAACAGCGAUAAGGAUCCUGUGGAGAGAGGCCUUAUUAACCUGUCCACCGCCCAGGUUGAGUACAGUGAGGACCAGCAGGCUAUGCUUAAGAGCCCGAACAUAUUUGCUGUGGUCACCAAGCACCGUGGAAUCCUUCUGCAAGCUAUCAACGAUAAAGAUAUGAACGACUGGCUUUAUGCCUUCAACCCUCUGCUCGCUGGUACAAUACGGUCAAAAUUAGCGCGCCGCCGUUCUCUCGCCAUCAACUACUGAGCAGCUCCACCCCUUUUCCUCCAGAUAUGAAGUGUUACCUCCCUUUUUGUGAUUCUUAACUGUUUCUCUUGUCUGUAAACCUGUGGCUUUCUCCCGCCUCCUCCUCUUUCUGUGCUCAAAACGAACCCAAAACGCAUGUGGCCGAACAAGAAGAAAAGACAGAGAGAAACGGACUACUGACUCCCCUCUUUUCUUCUGGACAUGUCCCCUUCCCCCUCUUCCAGCCCCAUCCCAGCAGUUUCUAGUGUCUGUAGUGUAGUACGUCCGUCAGAAGAUGCAUUCUUUUUGCAUUUUUUUCCUUACUUUUUUUAUUUGCCAUUGGUUUUGUGAGUUUUUUGGAACCUUGAGAUGUUCCUGUCCUCCUUUAACCCCCCCCCCCACUCAACCUGCUGCUAAUGAUCCUGGGGAGGGCAGGAGGUACCCCCUUAUACAGCUUUCUCUGUCUCUUCUACUACCACCAUGGUUCCAGCCCUGCUCUACACCGGGGUUUGACGGGUGUCAUGGCUGGGCGGUGGCAAAUUCCAAACAUCACAUUCAAAUUCUCCUUGCCCAGGGACUUCAUUGCCAUCGCUAAGCUUAACGUCUGGGCAGAGCGGCCUGCCGCGCUUGUUCUUUAUCUGCGGUACGGCAGACCACCUCGCGUGCUACAAAGGAAAACACGGAGACUCGUACAAGAGUGCCCUUCGCCACUGGUGUUUAUCUUACUGCACAAAGAAAGAUUUUUUUGUUUUUGUUUGGGGUUUCAAGGAUGAAGGAAAAAAUGCUGCUUAUUUUGUUUUUUAUCUUUUUAUUUUUUUAAAUUUUUGUCAUUAGGAAGUCACACGGAUCAAAACGAGCAGGAAAACAAAUCGGCAACCAUUUUUUUUCCUUCGACUGUCUCAGGCAUAAAAGUUCUGAAAGUUGGUUUGUGGGCGCUCCAAAGUGCUGGGCUGACCGCUGGGCCUUUUUUUCACCAAAACUGGGCUGUUUUCACGACGGGGAGGAGUCAUGUGACCAUGAGAGCUUCAUCUUCAAUAACCCAUUCUUGGCAGGUUCCUGUAAAAAAGAAAAAAAAAAUCUGCACACCACUUUCA